AUGGCGACGGCGGCUUCGCGUGCACGCAGCAGCAUCCUCAUUUCCGUUUGCGCUGGGUGCUUCCUCCUCCUCUGCUUGUCGCGUGAUGCAGCAGCCUCGCCUCUCUCCUUCAGCUUCGACUUCUCCAACAAAUCCACCUUCGGCUCAAGAAUCCAGGUCAUGGGCGACGCGCUCCAGCAAGACAACCUGGUCGACCUCACGGUCGACACCUCGUACAGGCGUGGCAUCCACUAUCUCAAGGGGCGGAUGUCGUACGUCGACCCUGUGCCCUUCUUUGACGGCGCCACCCACGAGUUGACGAGCUUCGUCACGCAGUUCACCUUCGCGAUCAAGCCCAUCCAAGGGGAGAUAAGGGGGGACGGCAUGGCUUUCUUCCUCUCCAGCUUCCCGCCGACAGUGCCGGUCAACUCGACCGGCGGCAACCUUGGCCUCAUUGUCCAGGGUGACGGGAACGCCUUGGGCGUAGACCGGUUCGUCGCCAUCGUGUUCAAGACGUUCAACAACUCGGACCACAUCGGCAUCGACAUCAACUCUGCCUCGUCCUCCAAAAAUGAAACAGCCUUGCCCGACUUCAGCCUGAAUGGCUCCAUGACGGCGUGCAUCACUUUUAAUGGCACCACCGGGAUGAUGGAUGCCUCCCUGCAGUUGAAUGACAACCGUUCCCUUGGUCCCUUUAAGGUUAGUUAUCAACUACCCGAUCCCAUGUCCUUGCUCCCGCCGGAGGUGGCGGUGGGGUUUUCUGCAGGCACAGGCGACUACUCCGAGCGCCAUCAGAUAAUGUCCUGGUCCUUCACCACAACUCUUCCUCAACGCAAAGGAUUACAAUCAAAGACGUUAAGAUCAAUGGCUACCCGAGGGCCAGACCCAAGCCUGCAUAUAGUUUGCCAAAGCAUCACUAACUUUAUUUUGAAAACGACUAGCAUGAGUAAUAUACUAAUUCUACGGAGACUCGUCAUGUACUUGAUCUCCUGCACCAACGACGGAUUCAGCGAUCUGUUCACAUCGCUUGUUUGA